CCCACAGUCUCCCCUGAAAUCACAAACAACCUAUCUUCUGUAAAUUAGGGUUUGUCUCUCUCCUCAUCUCAGCCCUUUCCCUCUCCUCAAAACCUUCGACUUUCGAUAACAAUGGCGGAGGAUGCUCAAUACGACUCUCACAAGAGAAAGUACGAAGAAGAUAUCUCACCACCGCGUCCACGGCGUCCCACUGGAUUUUCAGAUGCUCCUCCUCCAGCACCGGCGCCUUAUGGCAACGUUCCGCCGCCGUUGGAAGAUUUUCAGCUUGCCAAACAGAAGAUUCAGGAACUUGCUUCUCUCGCUUUCAAUGCCGAGGCUAAGCGUUCUAAGUUUGAUAACGGUGGUUAUGCUUCUAAUGUUAACGUACUAUCAGAUCAGAAGCCUCUAUCGUCAAACAUUCAGGCUGGAAGCACAGCACACUCCUACUCGGGUGGCUCCGGUAGCAAGAAGAUUGAAGUACCCAAUGGACGGGUUGGUGUUAUUAUUGGUAAAGCGGGGGACACCAUCAAGAACCUCCAAAUUCAAUCUGGAGCAAGGAUCCAAGUGACUAGAGAUUCAGAGCAUGACCCAAAUUUGCCACAUAGGUUAGUCGAGUUAAUGGGAAAUCAAGAUCAAAUUGCAAAGGCGGAGCAACUUAUAAACGAGGUUCUUGCUGAGGCUGAUUCUGGAGGUCCUGGGUCUGUUUCAAGGAGGCUUCCAGGGGCAUCAGGGUCUGAACCAUGUGUUUUGAAGGUCCCGAAUAACAAGGUUGGGUUGGUGAUUGGUAAAGGGGGUGAGACCAUAAAGAACAUUCAAUCUAGGUCUGGAGCAAGGGUGCAGGUUAUUCCAUUGCAUCUACCCCCUGGUGAUGCACCUAUGGAAAGAACAGUGCAGAUUGAUGGUACAGCUGAGCAAAUUGAGAUUGCAAAACAAAUGGUCAAUGAGGUCAUUGAGAAUCGCCUUAGAAAUCCAGCAAUGUCUGGAGGAUAUUCUCAGCAAAACUACCAAGCAAGGCCUCCUUCUACAAACUGGGCUCCUCAACCUCCCCAAGUACAGCAACCCACUGGUUAUGGCUACACACAGCAGCCCGGAGCUUAUCCUGGUGCAUCAUCUCAGUACAAUCAACAAUCUUACCCUGGCUAUCCUCCACAAAACUGGGACCAGUCAAAUGCCCCACAGAAUCAGCAGCCUCCUCAAGGAACUGGAUAUGACUACUAUGGGCAACAGCAAACCCAAACUCAGCAGCAGCAGGCACCACCUAAUGGGGCCCAAACUGGUAACACUGGUUACAACUACAAUCAGACACCAGCUUCUGGUGGAUAUAGCCAACAAGGAUACUCUCAAGAGGGAUAUGGUGCUGGAUACCAAGGUUAUGGCCAGCCAACUCAAUCUGGGUAUGAUCAACGCCAGGGUUAUGGCUCUACUCCUGCCUAUGGAAAUGUGACAAACCCUCCAACUCAAGAUGGCCACCCUCCUGCCUAUGGCACUCAAGGUGAGACUGGUCAAACACCAUCAUCUGGGCAACCUCAACAGGGAUACACGGGGAGCCAGCCUAGUACCACCCCUCCGUACCCGACUCAGCCUGGGUAUGGGGUUCCACCAACCACACAACCUAGUUAUGGGGCUCCAUCUGGAGGCACAUACCCUGGUUAUGGGCCAUCUCAGGGCCAGAAAACACCACCAAAUCCAUCAGCAUAUGCUCAGCCUCAGCAAUCACCGUCUCAGGUAGGUGGGUACGCUCCACCUGCGGCUGGUCAGCCUGGAUAUCCUCCCUCGCAACCAUCUGCCCAACCAGGUGCUCCUGCUGCUGCUUCUUAUGGAGCUGGAGCAACUCACCCAGGUGCUUAUCAUCCUCAAGCCUAUGGUGCACCACCCGUAACCCAGCCAAGUUAUGGACAACAGCCAUACUACGGUGGUGCCUAUGCGCAGCCUGCUGCAUAUCCAGCUGAUGAUAACGGCGCUGCUGCUGCUGCACCUGCUCCUGCUUCCCAGCCUGGUGCCCAGCCAAAUGGAGGUGCCAAAGCAUCACCAUAGAUUGUUUGUGCGCGAGAGAGGUGCUGAUCAAGUAAGUUAUAGCAGCUUGUUCCUUUAGUAGGUUUAAGUUAGGAUUUUAUUACAUUUGCUGUUUUGUAAAAUUUUGGAUGGUUAUGUUAGCUGUUUCUUCUGUAACGAUAAUGAUUUUAAUCUAUUUGGAACUCUUUGCUUUAUGUUGAA